GAAAUUAUUAGUUUUUCAGUCAGGAUAUGAACGUUGUCAGUUCCCAUCGAGAUGUUAUUGAGGAUGCGCCUUGAUUGCAGUUAGCGUAUAAGCCAAUUAGUCAGCCACAGGUGAACGUUGAGAAGGAAGCUACAGAGAAAACCAAUUAAUAACUGAAUUUCAAUCAGUCAAGAUCUAUCUAUCAUCAAACGGUGAGUGUAGAAUGCUGCAUGGCAAAUCUAAACCCACAGGCACUGUACAGGAAUCAUUCACUGCUGCAGGACAAAGCCAUUUGGUUCGAUGCUGGGAGCAAAAGAGAAGACAAAUUGUAUUCCCUUUGCGUCUACUAGUAUGUACCAUAGGAAAAGAAUCACCUCUGCUCAUCAUGGAAACAACAUGGUCAUCAACUGAAGGAGUAACUGUCACUGCUAACGCAACAGGAGACAAUAUUGAAAAUGAACUGGAAUCAAAAACAUUGGAGAUUUUGGUAAAAGUUUUGGCAGUACUUCCAAUCAUUCUGUGCGUCUUAUUGAAUCCACUGAUGCUUGUCACUUUGCGUCGUGUCACCAGCAUCCAGCCAACAACCAAAAUAUUCAUGGCUUCUCUCACCCUGUGUGAUCUGUGCAACAGUUUAUGCUGGAUCCUUCCUUUAACAGAAUUGUUUGCUGGAUCUUGGUUGCUGGGGGAAUUUUUCUGUGUGGUACAUGGUGUGACUAGUUUCCUUUUUGUCAGUUUGAGUAUUUUUUCUCUGUUUAUUCUGACUGUGGAUCGUUAUAUUGCAAUUUCCCGUCCUCUGCAAUACCCUUCAAUCAUGACUGUGUUCAGGUCAAAGAUAAUUGUGUUUAGCACAUGGGCUGCAGUGAGCAUUUUCUGCAUUUUAAUAUUUGGGAUUGAUGGGAAUCGUAUUGUCUCCCUGGAUACCCGUUAUUACCUUUGCCUAGGACAUUAUGACUGGAGGAAUUAUCUAGCUCUUACGGUAGCUGUUGUCAUAAUUCUAUCAAUAUUCAUCCUGUAUGCACGCAUCGCCCUGAUAGCUCGCAACCAAGCCCGACGCAUUGCUGCUGAAAACCAAGCAGGCAAUGGUCAAGGUGGGCAGAGAAUAAACACCAGAUCAACCAGCACCAUCAUCAUCAUAACAGGGACUUUAAUCAUCACCUGGAUUCCUACAGUCGUUAGGUUGCUGAUAGUGAUACCAUCUCCACAACACACAUGGACGCGGUACCUGGCUGGCACAUUCACAAAUGUUCUGCUGCUGUGCAAUGGCUGGCUGAAUGUUAUCAUUUACUACCUGAGGAAUAGGGAUCUUCGUCAGGCAGUGCGUGCUUUACUAUCUGACUGGCAUCAAAGUCUGCAACAAAGAUUCUUGCAUUAAUGUUACAACGCAGUUGUGAUGCUUUACAGAAUGAUACAACCAUUUCGCCAGCUUAACAUGAGUUUAGAUUGCCCAAGAACGCUGAUGAAUCAGUUGACUCUUUGCAUACAGCAUGCCGAUGCAUUGAUCAGUUUUUAAAAUGUAAACCUCCUAGUUGUGAGCUGAUACUGGCUUAAUGUCAUAGUGCACUGUUUCUAUUGUGUUCAAUAGAGUUAUUUAAAGCGGCACAGAGGUUGGGAGGAUGGGCCAAAGCAGUCAAGACAAAUGAAUGAGGGGAACAGUGCAUGGCAAAAUAGUUGUUACAUGUACAUUUGUAUAUGUACAGUGUACAUGUUCCUUUUAUUCUUCAGACCUCUCAUGCACU